GGCGGCGGGGCCGGCGAUUGGCCCGGCGGGGCGGGCGCGCGCGGUCUCCCGGGCGACGGGCGGUCCCGGCGCCGCCAUGGCGAGCGUGCACGAGAGCCUGUACUUCAACCCGAUGCUGACGAACGGCGUCGUGCACGCGAACGUGUUCGGCGUCCGCGACUGGGUCACCCCGCACAAGAUGGCCCUGCUGGUGCUGCUCAGCGAGCUGGGCCGCGCCGGCCCGCAGCUCGGCCUGCUGGAGCGCCGCCGCCUCAACCGCCUGCUGCUGCCGCUGCUGCAGGGUCCGGAUAUGGCGCUGUCGCGGCUGCGCAAGGCCAUCGAGGAGUGCUGCCCGCACCUGGCCGGCUCCGUCCACAUCAGGUUAAAACUUAUGGCAGAAGGAGAACUGAAAGACAUGGAACAAUUUUUUGAUGACCUUUCAGAUUCAUUCUCAGGGACAGAGCCAGAAGUUCAUAAGACAAGUGUAGUAGGUCUGUUCCUGCGCCACAUGAUCCUGGCAUACAACAAACUUUCCUUCAGCCAGGUCUAUAAACUUUACACAGCACUCCAGCAGUACUUCCAAAAGGACGAGAAAAAGGAUGGAGCCGACGAGAAUGAGAUGGAGCUGACAAAUCCAGAGGAGCUGGAUGGGAAAAUGGAGAAAGAAGAACUUGACGGGCCUUUAAGGGAAGAAGAGAUAGCCUGCAGUGGGCCUCUUUCCCAGAAACAAGCAGAGUAUUUUCUCUCUCAGCAGGCUUCUUUACUAAAGAAUGAUGAGACAAAGGCUCUUGCUCCAGCAUCUUUACAAAAGGAAUUGAACAACUUGUUAAAAUUUAAUCCAGACUUUGCUGAAGCACAUUAUUUAAGCUACUUAAACAGCCUCAGGGUGCAGGAUGUCUUCAGUUCCACGCACAGCCUCCUGCAUUACUUCGACCGCCUGAUCCUCACGGGGGCAGAGAGCAAAAGCAACGGGGACGAGGGCUACGGGCGGAGCCUGCGCUACGCCGCGCUCAACCUGGCGGCGCUGCACUGCCGCUUCGGCCACUACCAGCAGGCUGAACUGGCCCUUCAGGAAGCCAUCAGGAUUGCCCAGGAGUCCAACGACCACGUCUGCCUGCAGCACUGCCUGAGUUGGUUGUACAUCCUGGAGCAGAAGAUAUUUGAUAGCUGUGUUCUGCUGGAGCACUCUGUGAACAAAUCCUUACAUUUUGGAUUGCCAUAUCUUGCUUCCUUGGGAAUACAGUCCUUGGUUCAGCAAAGAGCUUUUGCAGGAAAGGCUGCCAACAAACUAAUGGAUGCCUUAAAAGAUUCUGAUCUGUUGCAUUGGAAGCACAGCCUGUCAGAGCUCAUUGACAUCAGCAUAGCACAGAAAACAGCCAUUUGGAGAUUAUAUGGCCGCAGCACCAUGGCACUUCAGCAAGCCCAGACCCUGCUGAGCAUGAACAGUCUGGAGGCUGUGAACGUGGGCGUGCAGCAGAACAACACCGAGUCCUUCGCCGUGGUGUUGUGUCACCUGGCAGAGCUGCACGCAGAGCAGGGGUACUUUGCAGCUGCUUCUGAAAUCCUGAAACACCUAAAGGAGAGAUUCCCUCCCAACAGUCAGCAUGCACAGCUUUGGAUGCUGUUUGAUCAGAAAAUACAGUUUGAGCGGGCCAUGAACGAUGGCAGAUACCACGUAGCAGAUUCUCUUGUAGCAGGAAUUACAGCACUUAAUAGCAUUGAAGGUGUAUACAGAAAAGCCAUUGUAUUGAAGGCCCAAAAUCAAAUGUCAGAGGCACACAAACUUCUGCAGAAAUUGUUGAUCCACUGCCAGAAAAUCAAGAACACCGAGAUGGUGAUUAGGGUGCUGCUGUCCAUGGCAGAGCUGUACUGGAGGUCCUCGUGUCACACCAUCGCGCUGCCCGUGCUGCUGCAGGCGCUGGCGCUGGCGCGGGAGUACAGCCUGCAGUACCUGGCCUCUGAAACCGUGCUCAACCUGGCUUUCUCCCAGCUGAUCCUUGGCAUUCCUGAACAAGCCCUGAAUAUCCUGCACAUGGCAAUAGAACCUGUCUUGGCCCAUGGAGCUGUCCUGGACAAAGGCUGUGCCAUGUUCUUGGUGGCCAAAUGUCAGGUGGCUUCUGCGGCUUCCUACACUCCACAAAAGAAGAUUGAAGCUUUGGAAUCUGCUAUCUUGAAUCUAAAUGAAGCCAAGGCUUACUUUGCCAAAGUGGACUGCAAAGAGCAGCUCAGAGACGUUCUCUACUUCCAAGCCCGGCUGUUCCACACCCUCGGCAAGACCCAGGAAAGGAACAAAUGUGCCAUGUUGUUCCGUCAGCUGCACCAGGAGCUGCCAGCACACGGCGUCCCCUUGAUCAAUGCCUUCAAGUGAUGCAUUUAAAGAUGAGAUUUGUUUGUUUUCCUGUUUUCGUUUUGUUUGUUUUUUUACAGACAUCUUUCUAUUGUAUUAAGUAAUCCGUGUUUCAGAAUAACUGCCAAUAAAUCAUGGUCUGCUCAUGAACAAA